CUUGCCGACCAGCCAGCAUCGGUCGGCGGCGGCUUCAACGGGGUAGUAUUCGGGGGGUCGGCUGGCGGGGACCUCUCCAGCGUCAUGUUGCGGCAUGGUGGGCUGCACGCAUUUGACAGUAUAAUGGGUGAUGCGAUCGGGAACCCGCGCUCCGAUUCACGGACCAACUUGCGCCACCCUAUCUCUGACCAGCAGCUGUACAAGGAGAACCUGGCGCUGAAGCGCAGUAAUCAGUUGCUGAUGGAAGCCAGUCGUGAGCGGCAGCAUGCGGUGGCGAAAAUGCUGGACAAGAUCAUGCAACAGGAGAAGCCUGGGACCCCGGAGGCGCGGAAGUCGCAUCUGGCAAGGCUGCUGCUGGCAGCGAUCAGCUCGGAGCAAGGGAAGACGGGGGAUUCAGGGCUACGUGGCGAGGCUGAUGCGUUGCGGUAUGAGCGGCCGCAGACGGCACACGUGGGCCAAUCUGACCACCUGCAGCAUGAGCUGCACAGUGGCUCGGGUAGUACAGGUGAGUGGAACUCGGACGUGCUACUGGAGAUUUCAGGCAAGAAGACUGAGGUGGCCGAUGACAAGUACGAGCUGGAGGCGCGCAAGGCGAUCGGGGGAGCUCACAGACCUCUGAGCGGCCGGCGUGCAUCGUCGGUGAGGUCGUCCAAGUCCAUAGGUCAGGCUAGUAAUGAGUUUGCUGACCGUCACCCAGGUGCGUAUCCACCCGAGUACGACGAAAAGCGGGCGCUGAAUGUGGAUAUCGGGGGUCCGCCGAGCAGCGACAUGGGGAGCUUGGCAGUGUCGCUGCUGGAGUCUGUGGAUCGGUUUGUGCCCGAGAGCGAGGCACGGUUUGUGCUGUAUUCGCCGUCAGCUGGGAUAUUCCAGGCAGCCAAGCUCAGCAGCCUCAGAGACCAGGAACUGACCCUAGCCGAUAUCAUCGAGGCGUCCAGCAAAAACAUGUCACUGGAGCAGUUGCGCGGUGAGCGGGCGGGGCCAUCGGGGGAUUCGGAAUCCGACAUGCUGCAAAUGCGCAAGCAGCUUCCAGACACGGCAUAUGUUCCCGGUAACGGCUGCUUUUGGCUCGAUGUGUGCGAUCCGACCCCGGAAGAGAUGUCAUCGCUGGCCCGUGUUUUCAACAUCCACCCACUGACAGUCGAGGAUAUUUUGGCUGAAGAAGAGACGCGCGACAAGUUCGAGGCCUUCCCAGACUACCAGUUCCUGAUGUACCGGACAAUCGACUUUGGCAGCGACAAUCUGUCCACGUACGAGUUCAACCGAGGUGCUGACGGCAUUGCUACGGCGUGCUACUCGAUGGUGGUCAAAAAGUCCUGCAUCCUGACCUUCCAUGGCGCGCGCAACCUCGAUCACCUCGGCAGUGUCAUCAACCGGCUGCGCAGCCUUGCCGAUCCGCUGGUGCAGCAGAUACCGUUGGUGACGCCUGCAUAUAUUGCAUAUGCACUCAUCGACGAUAUCACUGACAUGCUGGUGCCAUCGAUGCGUGGGGUCGAGCUAGAGGUCGAUACUGUGGACGAGCUGGUGCUGAUCCUGUCGCAGAACGAGCAGUCGGACAUGCUGCAGAGGAUUGGAGCGGCCCGGCGGCGGAUUCUGGCGCUCUGGCGGCUACUGCAAGGCAAGCCGGAGGUGGUGCGUGGGUUCACUAAGCUGAUGGAGCGGCAGGCGCAGAUGGACGAGAUUGCAACUAUUGAGGGCGAGGAGCUAGGCUAUUAUGAUGGCAGCAAAGACAGUGUGGGCCAGGUAGUGUCUCCAGGAUCCGGUCUGAAUCGCAAUGCGUACUCGGCGAUCAAUGUGCAGGCGGCGGGUCAGAGACGCGACGCGUGGCGGAGCCGUGACGGCAUGCAGGGUCUGGCACAUUCAAAGUCGUUUGUUAUGCCUGGCGCAUUGCAGUACGAGCAAAAGCCCGGCGAGCAACCUGAGGGCACUGCUAUGGUGACUGCUGACGACAUUGCGCAUUAUCUUGCAGAUGUCUAUGACCACCUGGUGGCACUGGUGAAUUCGACCGGGCACUGCGACAUGGUGCUGUCGCGGGCCCACUCCAACUACCUUGCACGGCUGUCGCUGGAGAUCGGUGAGUCCACAGUGGAGACGUCUGUCAUUGCGAGCCGCUGGACCGUCAUUGGAGCUAUCAUGGUGCCGCUGAACAUCGUGACCGGGCUGUGGGGCCAGAACGUCCAGGUGCCGUUUCAGCAUGAAGAGUCGCUGAAGCCCUUCUUUACUAUCGUCGGGUGCUGCCUGGGCUUUGUUGUUUUUGUGGUCGUCUAUGCGCGGUGGAAGAAGAUUCUGUGACCCGCCUUUUCCACCCAGUUCUUAAUUAUUUUUUUCGCGUUUUACCUGUGCGCAGCAACCGCUGACACUAUACUAGACAUCAGAAAUAGACGCGAUCGGCCCG